UCGCUCUCCUUCCUCUCUCUCACUAAAGAUAAAAUUUUACCACUCCUACUUCUCUCACUGCACUCACAGCAUACUACGAUCAACCAAUCCGGUGCGCUGACAGCAUUCUCGUCGUCUUUUUUUCUCUCUUCUCCAAAUCUCAAAUCAAAAAAGAAGCCGUUGGAAGCUGCGGGAUAAUCUCGACUUGUUCCACAAAUUUGUAUCAAUUUGUAACAUCUCGUCUUACAGAGCGGUUGGUCUUCUCCCGCGAACUAAUCAGUGGUGUCGGUUUGAACUUUACAUAAAAAUGACAGAUCAGGAAAUCAAGCACCUGCGGACGCCCAAAUGUGCCCGUUGCCGCAAUCACGGCGUAAUUUCCUGCCUCCGAGGGCACAAAAAGUUGUGCAGGUGGCGCGAGUGUUGCUGCCAGAGCUGUUUGCUCGUGGUGCAACGUCAACGGAUUAUGGCGGCACAGGUGGCGCUGCGAAGACAGCAGCAACAGCAAGCUGGCAGCACUGCUGGUGGUGCCGGAAGUGGUCAAGGAAGCAAUGAUGGUGGGGCUGCUAGUGUUAGUGGAAAAGUGUUGAACAUGGAAGAGCUGAUCAUUCAGAAGCAGAUUUACAGCCAGCAGUUGAAGGGGGUGCAGAAAUCGAAGCAGGCUAGCAGGAAUAUGCUUUAUGAUUCCCGCACCCGGUUCGCGCCCUUCUUCGAGUCCCCGCUGACGGAGCGAAUCCGCAAGCGACGUGCCUUCGCCGACAGCCACCUCAUGAGUGCUCCGAUUCUGGUGAAACUUCCCAGCCCGCCUCCAGCCGCUCCUCCGCUGGUGGUGGUUCCCUUCAAACCGGUGAUGCUGCCCCCGUUGGAGUUUGUCCAGCAGAGUCUGAUCGAGCAGCACCUGCGGCGGAUUGGCACCGGUUCCGAGCUGCCCUCGAAACCGAAGCUUUCUUUUUCGAUAGAAUCUAUUAUUGGGGUUAAGUAAGGGAAGGGAGUUUCUUUCCAACCGAAUCAAGAACCAGUGACGUAAUUUGUUAAACUUUGUCUUUUUUAUAUUUCUACUCAUGUGUACAUAGCUUUGUUCUGUUAAAUAAAAUAAACUCAUAAAUCGUGUUUAAUAAUAUAGUUUGUAAAAAUAAUAAAACAAUGAGAUUAUUUUGCUACAUAAUUAUAAUGUCUUUUAAUAAGUUGCUUUUAGAUUCCCGCUAAAAUUAAAACAAUUCAUCACUACCAAAAGAGAUACCACAAAACAAUAC